AUGACCUCCGACGGUCGCGUCUCCCGAGUCGUUGCUCGACUACUGCGUCCAUUCCAGCGCGACAGUCCGUCACCAAAGCACUCGGCCACUGCCUCGUCGCGCCCCACGAGCUGCUCCCUCUCCUUCUCGUCCCGAAGCAGCACCAGCAAUAGCAAUAGCAAUAGCAAUAGCAGUAGCAGUAGCAGUACGACCUCUCCACCUCCUCGUCGUCGCCCCACGACCGCAAUUCGCGUCGUGUUUCCGCUCAAGCUCAGCGCCAAUGGCGUCCCCGAGACGGUCCUGAUGCCGCCCGCGUUCUUCCGCUACCUCCGCACGAUCGUCGAGCAGACCGUUGCGCUGUCUGCGGGCCACAGCGCCGCCACGCGCGCCAGUCAUCGCACCAGUCGGGACACGUGCACCCGCACGCGUCGCGAGUGGCGCUGGCGACGCGAGUACCGCACGAAAACGCUCGAGAAGCUUUUGGCCGUGCUGACCGAAGACAGCCGCGACGGCGACGGGUUCGCCAGCGCCCUCGGUCGCCGGCCGGCCAAACCCGUGCCCCUGGCGAGCGCUGUGCAAGCGCUGCUGCAGCUCUGGAAGUGCUGUCUCCGGAUCCUCAACGUGCUGGCGCAGGACGACAGUGAGGGGCCGUUUCCCGCUGGCUCGCGGCACACGAUCGCCCACGGCAUUGACGCCACUACUGCUGCUGCUUUUGCCGUGCGCGAUAAGCGGCGGCAGCUCCAGCAGACAGUGUUGACGGUCCUGGCACUCGUCGUCCGACGCCAGGAGCUCGACGCGCUGUUUGUUGCUGUCGGCCACGGCGGCUGCCCGUCCCAUAAACCCAUUGGCGACGACGUCGUCGGACCGCAACGUCGUCGUCGUCGGUCCGUGUCGCGCGCGGCCCGACGGCGGUCGUGGAGCAGCUCGAGCAGCUCCAAUGCUGCGACAAACAAACGCACGUCGCUCUCGUCGACGCUAUUGCGGCCGUGUGCCGCGCGUCCGAGCGCGCGGACCGACCUGCGGCUCUGCGACUCGGUGCACCGGUUGCUGGAGCUCCAUCAGCUGACGCUGCCGUACGCGUUCGACGCUGUUCAGAGCGCUUUGGCGUUGCCCACGCCGUGUGGAGAGCUGCAGCAGGACUUAUUGGCAGCUCUGGUCGCGACGAGUUACACGCGCGUGCCGCAGCUCCGCAGCCAUAUGCUCGACCACCUGCGCACCCGCGUGCCACUUGCCGCCGGGUGCAGCGCCCGGUCGCUGUCGGGCUCGUUCGUGGACUCGCGCGGGCGGUCGGCGUGCGAAGCCCAGCGGCGCUAUACGCCGUACGACUGGCACACGCGCACGUAUCCGCAGUGCCUCGAGGUCCUCCAGGCAGUGAAUCGAGACGACCGGUGGGCGCCCGUGGCCGACCUGUUGACGCGUCUCAUGGCCGACGCCGACGGCUGUCGGUGGACAUUGGCGCAGCUCUUGGAACAGCUCACGGGGCCGCAGGUCACGGGACGCACCGACUGGAAGGGGCUCCCGGGGGCAGCAGUGCUCCACGACGCGUCGCUCGAGUUGGCUCUGCGCCUGUACCAGCGCGAGCUGCAGCAGUGUGCACCUGCGGAACCGGACGCGUUGGCGGCGGCCGAGGACCGAGCGGCCGACGAAAGUGCGUCGACUGGCAAAGCCGACCAAGACGCAGUCGCGGCGCUGAAGCCCGCGGCCUACUUUAUGGACCAAGUGACUGCGAUGAUGCACGAGAACGUCGCGUUCCUGCACGACUACGUGACGGCGCUCUUCCAGGCGACCAACUACGUCGUGCCGCACCACGUUGCGCUGUGCUUGCAGUACGUGGACCAGCUCAUGCACGCGUUCCCUGCGUUCUUUGCCAAUGCGUCCACGGCUUCGUCGUCGUCGCCGUCGCCGUCGUCUUUGCCACUGACCGACGUGGCGACGAUCCAUUCCGCGACGGCCCACGUUUUGCCGCGUCAACAGUCGUGUGCCGACGGCGAGACGCUGCGCUACGUGUUUUCCUGUCUGCUCGAGUCGGAGCACUUUGAGAUCCUCAAAGCGACGGAACUGUUUCUGCUGCAGCGCUUUACGGGCCUGUCGCGCGCGGUGCAACGCGAGCUCAUUGACGUGUUUGCCGCCCACUUUCCGCGGCUCUUUCUGCAUUGGAACCACGACGUCCGGUAUUGCUACCACCACAUGUUGCUCUACUUGACGUACCCGGGCAAUCGACUGGUGCUCGGGGCCAAGUCGGACGAAGCGCUCAUGGGGGCCAAAGCGGCCUGGCUCUUUGAGAUCCCCGGCCUCGUGCGCCACGAGAGCAGCGCCAACUGGGACGCGUUCGACGAGCCACUGUAUCAACUGGUCACGCGGUACGUGCACUUGAGUAAACGUCGGGCGCAGCCGCCAGGACAGACGCACGCGCCGUCCACGUGGGUCGACGCCGUCUCGGACGACAUUCUCCAGCGCGCCAUGAGCGAGUACAAGACCCACGUGGGCAAAUACUUUGGCCUCGCGCAGCAGAUUUCCAUGCACCGGCGCGUGCCGACGCCCGUGUUCUCCGUCAGUACGGGCGAAACGGCGACAGUGGAUGUUGACGCCGACAGGCUGUGCACGUCUGCAAUCUUAGCGUGA